AUGUAUUCGUUCUCUUCUCUUCUGACACUUGCUGUCGCUCUGCCUGCGCUGGUCGCAGCUGAACUUUCUGGCAAAGUCGGUCCCACCACCUCCCAUGCGACCAAGGCUGCAAUCAAGACCUGCGACAUUACCAAAUAUGGCGCCGUCGCCGAUGGAAAGACUGACAUUAGCACUGCUCUGAACAGUGCUUUUACUGCUUGCAAAGCUGGUGGUGUCGUGGUCAUCCCUACUGGCAACUAUGCCAUGUCUCAGUGGGUCAAGUUGGCCAAUGGCAACAACUGGGCAUUGCAACUUGAUGGUAUCAUUACUCGUACCGGCACUGAUGCUGGCAACAUGCUCAUGAUUGAACACAGUAACAACUUCGAGAUGUUCUCGUCUACUGGCAAAGGAGCUAUUCAAGGUAAUGGCUACAUAUUUCAUAAGCAGGGCAGUAUCUCAGGCCCUAGACUUUUGAGAGUUUGGGAUGUCACCAACUGGUCUGUUCACGACAUUUCUCUUGUCGACUCUCCUGCUUUCCACUUCUCCAUCGACACUUGCACCAAUGGCGAGGUCUAUAACAUGGCUAUUCGCGGUGGCAACGAAGGUGGUCUCGACGGCAUCGAUGUCUGGAGCAACAACAUCUGGAUUCACGAUGUCAUGGUCACCAACAAAGAUGAAUGCGUAACGGUCAAAAGCCCCUCCAAAAACAUCCUCGUCGAAAACGUCCACUGCAACUGGUCCGGCGGCUGCGGCAUGGGCUCCUUCGGCACCGACACGGCGGUCUCCAACAUCACCUACAGAAACAUCUACACCUGGUCCAGCAACCAAAUGUUCAUGCUCAAGUCCAACGGCGGCUCCGGCAGCGUCUCCAACGUCGUGCUCGAAAAUUUCAUCGGUCAUGGAAAUGCCUACAGUUUGACUCUGGACGAAGCCUGGACUUCCAUGAAGACGAUUGCCGGAAACGGAGUCCAGCUUUCCAACUUUCAAAUCUCGAAUUGGACGGGCACAGAAGCCAAUGGGAAAGCGCGUGGACCUGUCAAAGUUGCUUGUGCUGCCAAAGCUCCUUGCCACGACAUCAGUAUUACUGAUUUCAGUAUGUGGACGGAAUCUGGCACUUCUCAAUUCUAUUCUUGCGAAAACGCAUACGGGAGUGGGUUUUGCCUCAAAUCUGGGACCAGUUAUGCUGCUUAUGCGGCCACCACACAGUGGGUCAGCAAAGCACCUGUUGGCUAUACUGCUCCCACCAUGGCAGCCGAUCUCAAAACGGCAUUUGGGACAACACAGAGUAUCCCCAUCCCCACCAUGCCGGCGAGCUUUUUCCCGGGUGUGCUGCCCAUCACAAAGUUGGCUGGAAGCAAGUAA